UUGGCGGGCAACGUAGCGACGAUUGGCCGGUCUUCCCUUCCGUAGUCAAUGGUCGCCGCAGUCAUCCGGCUGAGUAUCGGUUCGAGUUUUCUCAGGAAAACAGUACUUCCCGCGGACCCAUUGUCCCUGACGCGUCGGCAAAGCCCAACGAAAGGAGGAUUAAUCGUGCGAUUCCAUCAAGCACCGGAGAUUUGUAAAAAAUGAGUUCAAGCGCGUGUUAUAAAUGUAACCGGAUGGGUCACUACGCACGGGAGUGUCCACAAGGUAGUGGAGGUGGUGGUAGAGGCGACCGUGGCCGUGAUCGAGAAGGUGGUUUUGCACGUGGUCGUGAUAAGUGCUACAAGUGUAACCAAUUUGGACACUUCGCACGAGAAUGUAAAGAAGAUCAAGACCUUUGCUACCGUUGCCAAGGUGUUGGGCAUAUUGCAAAAGACUGCCAACAGCAGGGGCCUGAGAUGAGCUGUUACAACUGCAACAAGACUGGUCAUAUGGCACGUAGCUGCCCAGAAGGUGGUAAUGAUUCUGGACGUUUUGGAAUGCAAAGUUGCUACAAUUGUAAUAAGACAGGUCAUUUUGCUCGUAACUGUACUGAAGUUGGAGGAAAAGCAUGCUACACUUGUGGCAAAACUGGUCACUUAAGCCGCGAAUGUGAUCAGGAUGACAGAAAGUAGGAGAUAACCGGAAUCCGUGCCGCUCGCUUAACGAUAAGCCGUUUACCGUCGCGCGCGCUACUACCGGGAAUUGUAGCUAGGUAGGGAUGUGCGAACGUAUGUCUCGUUGAUGCGUAUAAUUGCUAAAAAUGCGUUUUGUCAUAGUCGUUCGAAUUUCCAUCUCUCCAUGCCCAACUCCCGGAAGCCCAAUUUAUUCCUAGUUUCCUUCCCCCUCUACAUGUCGUUGUUCUCUUCGCAAAGGGUUUUUUCUUAUGACGUCUUUGUUUUUUUUUUUUUUUUUUUUUUUUUUUUUUUUUUUUUUUUUUUUUUAAUUGCUGUUACACUACACCAUACAUGCGUGCGCGCGCACAAAGUACAUUUACACAUAGAACACAUCCAGCAUUACAUGAAUACACACUAUACGAUGUAAUAAUAUUAUAAACAUUCGAUUGAAUUAGAGUAGAGACAUGAAUCCUCUGUCCCCUGACCUUCAAACUAUCUCGUACGCGCAUUGUUUUGUGAUGCAAGAUGUAUGGAUUCUUAAUAUACUUUAUAAAAGGAAAAUUUUACAAGUGCAGCAUUUAUGACAUAUUUUGUCAGCUUUGGCUGACGAGAUUUGAGACAUUUCUUGGUGAUUCAUAUUGAAACAGAAAAGAUAAUCAGAUCAUUGAAUUAUGAAGGGAUAGUUGUUUGAUACAGGAGAGGGAUAUGAUGACUACGAGAAAAAAAUCGUGAUCAGUCAUAUUUAUGUUCCUUUCUCACAUCCACGCAUCUUGUAUCCGGUCCUCCCUCUCGAACUCUCUAGCAACUCGAGUUAAGAAAAACAAAAAAUUCAGAAGUAAUGGGAAAGGAAGUGAACAUGCCGGCCCUGAAUACAUAUAAGUAAGGUUUAGUAACGCCAAUUUUUAAUGUGUAAGGAUGUAAUGAGGAUCGUUGAACUAUUAUUUUAUAACCGACCUAGUUUCAGAUGUCAACAAAAGCUGCGCAAUUGUAGGAUUGUCAGUGUUUACGAGUUUAUAUACAGUUAUACUUGGAGUAUUAUUCUAGAUUCUGAUAAACUAGGGCAAAAUAUGUGUGCUUCGUAUGCCAGAUUCUUUACGUGAAAAUGAAUGCAAUUACCGGUAUGGUUGUCAAUGAUCAUCACAACGUAUAUAUGUAUAUAUACAUAUAAACACAGAGGUCUAUACAAGUUUGCACAUUUUGUAUGUACAAUCAUAAUUGUUAUACCGAGGGUCACCAUUGUUCAUAUUGUCAGUGAUUGUUACGGACUUUCAAAGGAUGCAGUUGCAUUUUGCCUUACUAUAUCCUUACAUAUGGUGAAAUAUUUCGUUACUAGGUAUAUGUAUAUAUAUAUAUAUGCGCAUAUGUGUAUACAUAUAUACAUACAUAUGUGCAGGAGCUGUAUUUUGUACUGUAAAAAGCUAGAUAUACUCUGGUCGUUGCUGGUGACUAAUUCCAAUGUUUCUCUUAUUUAUACAUCACAGAAAAAAAAGUUAUAUUUUCAUGUAUAAAGU